AUGAAAUUCUUCACUACAGCUACAAUUUUGGCUCUUGCUGCCUCUUCUCAAGCUUUCUUAUUCGGAUCAUCCGGUGCUGGAGGUUGUGGAUGCGCUCCACCACCACCAAAAUGUGAUUGCCCAGCUCCUCCACCACCACCACCAUGCCCAGCUCCAGCUCCAUGUCCUGCUCCAGCUCCAUCAUGUGGAUGUGGUCCACAACUUCCACAACUCCCACCACUUCCAAGAUUUGAACUUCCAAAAUUUGAAUUACCAAGUCUUGGUUGCGGUGCUCCAUCAUGUGCUCCUCCAGCUCCAGCUUGUGGUGCUCCACCAUGUGCUCCACCACCAGUUACUGGAUAUGCAGCUCCUCCACCACCACCUGGACCAGUUUCUGGAUAUGCAGCUCCACCACCACCAGCUCCAGAAGGAUAUGCUGCACCUGGAAAAUAA